UAAGGGACCACAGUGCGAAGAAGGUAAAGGUUAGGGACCAAUGUUGCAGUUUACCCCUUCUUCCACUCUUCUAUAUCAACACCAUCGUCUUCGUCUUCUACCGACCCUCUCCUCCCAAGCUCCCAUCGCAGCGCACUGAGUUUUAGGUUGAAAGAUGAGGAAAGGAAUACAUCCGCAGAUGCAGUGGAUUUCGUACGUGACGCAGAGCGGCCGGCUGAUGAACGUCAUGAUGACGAAGAUACACCAUGUCGGCAAAGUCUACCAUUUUCGAGCGAAGCGUCAGAUGGCGCAGAGCCUGGGCCAGAUCGCAAAGUUCAACCGCCGGUACGGGCAAAAGAAUGAGGAAAGCGACGAGAAGUAACAAAUCUAUCGAAUUAUUGCUUUUACAAAGUUUUCGCGGGUAGAAAUAAGAAGGGUUAUGAGAUUUCCCGUGUUUCAUUUUGCGAUCCUAUAUGUUUUCGUUCUUGUUAGUUGUUUGUUGCUCGGAUAAAUUAUUGCUUACAGUGGUUGAUGAAAGAAUAUGAAAACAUAAGAGUAGAUAAUUCGAGUGUA